UGACGGCAGGGGCGGGCCGGAAGCGCGGGGGGGGGCGGAGCGGCCCCGCUCCCGUCCCGGUGCUGCCGGUCCCGGCCCGGUCCCAGCCCGGCACUGCCAUGCGCAAGUUCUUCCAGGAGAUCAAGGCCGACCUGAAGUUCAAGACGGCGGGGCCUGGGCAGAAGCUCUCGGAGCCGUCCCGGGCCCCCAAGGAGAAGCCGAAGGCCGAAGUGGCCCCGAAGCCCCGGCAGGCCCCGACCGAUGAGGCGCAGAUGGCGGCGGCCGCGGCGCUGGCCCGGCUGGAGCUGAAGCCCAAGGGAAAGGCACCGUCCGCCUCCCAGGAGGCCAUCAAGAACCAGGUGAAAAAAGAGCUGAUGGCCGAGGCAGCUGCCAGCGAGAAGGGGCUCUCCAUGGAGGAAAAGGAGCAGGAGGAGCAAGGGGCAGCUGCUCCCUCUGUCUCGGGUGUUUAUUUCAUCUGCCCCUUGACCGGUGACAUUGUGAGGAAAGACCAGAAGGAAAAGCACCUCCGAGAAGCCAUCCAGGCAUAUUUCUCCGUGGACCCGGUGGCUGCUUCCAUCAUGGAGAUCCACACCUUCAAUAAGGACCGGGAGAAGGUCCGGGCAUGCGUGGAGACCAUGGCCAAGUACCUGGAUAACAUCUACCUCCAUCCAGAGGAGGAGAAGUACCGGAAAAUCAAACUGCAGAACAAGGUGUUUCAGGAAAGGAUAAGCUGCUUGGAAGGGACACACAAAUUUUUCCAGGCUGUCGGGUUUGAGACAAAAACACUGCCUGUUCCAGGACAAGAGGCCACGGAGGAGUACUAUGUGCUGAAGGAGGAGAUGCUGAGCAGGCUGGAGGAGCUGAAGGAUUGCAAGGAGCAGCUGCUGAGCUCGGAGCCCGUGCGGGCGCAGCUACACCGGCAGCUCACGGUGUUCCAGCCGUCGCCCGCGGCCGCGCGCUUUGAGCUGCCCCACGACUUCUUCAACCUCACUGCAGAGGAGCUCCGCAGGGAGCAGCGGCUCCGGACAGAGGCGGUGGAGAAGGCGUCGAUGCUGAGGACCAGAGCCAUGCGCGAGAAGGAGGAGCAGAGGGAGAUGAGGAAGUACAACUACACCCUGCUCCGGGUGCGCUUUCCCGAUGGAUACAUCCUCCAAGGGACUUUUUAUGCCCGAGAAUCAGUAUCUGUGCUCUACAACUUUGUGAGAGAAGCACUCAGAGAGGACUGGCUGCCCUUUGAGCUCCUGGGACCCGGAGGUCUCAAACUGACUGAUGAGAACUUGGCCUUCAAUGAAUGUGGGUUGGUGCCCUCGGCCCUGCUGAGCCUGGCCUGGGACGCCACGGUCAUGGCCGACGUGGAGGCGGCGGCGGAGGAGCAGCGCAGCCCCCUCAGACCGGAGCUGCUUGCCAGGGUCCAGACUCUCUCCUGAAAUAAAGGGCAGUGCCGCCAGUGCUGCUGGGUUUAGACUCUUUCCUCCUUUUCCCGAGACUGCUGGAGCUACGUGAGCUCAGAGGUGGCUUUGGUUUAGCUCUGCAGGGGGGCUGGACCCUGCGGUCCCCUCCCAGCUCCAGACACACGGGUGGCCUCUCCCAGUGGCACGGGGCUGCUCUGAGGGGCUUUGAACACCACACUGGAGCAGGGACUGCCUGAGGUGUUCCCAAGGCAGCGGUGGAACGCUGCCUGCUCCCUGGGAGCAGGGAUUAGAGGCUGUUAGGCUGGAGUACCAACCUGAGCCUGGGUAUGGGGCUGGGUUUAGAACUCAGAGCUUCCCCCUCUGCUUCUGUGUGCACUGUAACUCCUAUUGGAGAGAAGCUAUUUGGAUAAAGUUACACUUAGUCUGAUUAAAUGGAAUUAUUUAAAUACGCA